CUAGGCGGAAGGGUGGUAGUGGUGGAAUAUAGGGCUCAUGUGAUCUGUCACAUGACAGCAGAUGUUCGGAAAGACGGCAUGGGACUCCCAGUCAGCCUCCUAGGGCUCCUAGCCCUUAUCAUUGCCGGCAAAUGCAGUUACAGCCCGGAGCCAGAUCAGCAGCUGACGCUGCCCCCAGGCUGGGUGUCCCUGGGCCGAGUGGACCCUGAGGAAGAGCUGAGUCUCACCUUUGCCCUGAGACAGCAGAACCUGGAAAGGCUGUCCGAGCUGGUGCAGGCUGUGUCGGAUCCCAGCUCUCCUCGCUACGGAAAAUACCUGACCCUGGAGGAUGUGGCGGAACUGGUCCAGCCAUCACCACUGACCCUCCACACGGUCCAAAAAUGGCUCUUGGCAGCUGGAGCCCGGAACUGCCACUCAGUGACCACACAGGACUUUCUGACCUGCUGGAUAAGUGUCCGACAGGCAGAGCUGCUGCUCUCUGGGGCUGAAUUUCAUCGCUAUGUGGGGGGGCCAGCAGAGACCCAUGUUGUAAGAUCCCCACGUCCCUACCAGCUUCCGAAGGCCUUGGCCACCCAUGUGGACUUUGUGGGGGGGCUGCACCGCUUUCCCCCCACAUCAUCCUUGAGGCAACGCCCUGAGCCACAAGUGGCAGGGGCUGUUGGCUUGCACCUGGGGGUGACCCCAUCCGUGAUCCGUGAGCGAUACAACUUGACAGCACAAGAUGUGGGCUCUGGAACAACCAACAACAGCCAAGCCUGUGCCCAGUUCCUGGAGCAGUAUUUCCAUGACUCAGACCUGGCUGAAUUCAUGCGCCUCUUUGGUGGGAACUUUGCGCACCAGGCCUCAGUAGCCCGUGUGGUUGGACAACAGGGCUGGGGCCGGGCUGGGAUCGAGGCCAGUCUAGAUGUGCAAUACUUGAUGAGUGCUGGUGCCAACAUCUCCACCUGGGUCUACAGUAGCCCAGGCCGGCACGAGUCACAGGAGCCCUUCCUGCAGUGGCUCCUGCUACUCAGUAAUGAGUCAGCCCUGCCACCUGUGCAUACUGUGAGCUACGGAGAUGACGAGGAUUCCCUCAGCGACAUCUACAUCCAGCGGGUCAACACCGAGUUUAUGAAGGCUGCUGCUCGGGGUCUUACCCUACUCUUUGCGUCAGGUGACAGUGGAGCUGGGUGUUGGUCUAUCUCUGGAAGACACCAGUUCCGUCCCAGCUUCCCUGCCUCCAGCCCCUAUGUCACCACGGUGGGAGGCACAUCCUUCCAGAAUCCUUUCCGAGUCACAAGUGAGAUUGUUGACUACAUCAGUGGUGGCGGCUUCAGCAAUGUGUUCCCACGCCCUUCGUACCAGGAGGAAGCUGUAGCCCAGUUCCUGAGCUCCAGCCCCCACUUGCCACCAUCCAGUUACUUCAAUGCCAGUGGCCGUGCCUACCCAGAUGUGGCUGCACUCUCUGAUGGCUAUUGGGUGGUCAGCAACCGUGUGCCCAUUCCAUGGGUGUCUGGCACCUCGGCCUCUACUCCGGUGUUUGGAGGGCUUCUGUCCCUGAUAAAUGAACACAGAAUCCUCAGUGGCCACCCCCCUCUUGGCUUUCUCAACCCGAGGCUCUACCAGCAGCGUGGGGCAGGACUCUUUGAUGUCACCCGUGGCUGCCAUGAGUCCUGUCUGAAUGAAGAGGUGCAGGGACAGGGUUUCUGUUCUGGCCUUGGCUGGGAUCCUGUGACAGGCUGGGGAACACCCAACUUCCCAGCUCUGCUGAAGUCAUUAAUCAACCCCUGACCCUUUCCUGCUGGGAGAGUGGGCCUGUCUCCUGCCCCAUAGCUUGUGGUUUGUUUCCUCAUUCUGCACUAUUGAAAAUCCUGCUGAACCCUCACCUGUUGACUACUGAGAGCUUAUCCCCCUAACCUUGAAGUGUUAUGAGCGUGACAUGACUCCCAGCCCUAACCCUGCUCCAUCAUACUCAGGUCUCCCUACCCCUGCCUCAGGUUUCUCUAUAGAUGCUAUAACCAGUGCUGUUUGGGUGCAUCCCCCAACCCACCCACCCCCAUUUCUUCUUUCUCUGCAACCAGGCUUUUUCAAAGGGUUGUCUACACUGUCUGUGUACACAAUUAUACUUCAUGUUUGCUCCUCAAUUUAUCACAAUGAGACUUCUGCUCUCACUCUUGUACUUUCCUCCACUGACACUAAAAAACAAUGGCCUCCCUGCUGCUUCCUCCAGGGCACACUCCCCGAUUUUUGCUUUAUGGCCCUCUUUCAUAGUUGCCCACUCCCUCUCUUUCCUUAGCUUCCAGGGUUUAACUUCUCCUCUAACCAUCCCCUCUUCCUUCUUUUUUUCUGCUUCCUCACUGAAUGUUGGUGUACUUCAUUGCUCCAUCCUCAGUCUUUUGCUCUCUUCACUCUACCUAUUGUACCUGGAAAAAAUCAAUCAGGAUUGGCAUCCACAGCCAUCAUCAUCUCACUAAAUCAGACUUUCUAUCCAACAGAUUGAUACUUCAAAAGCAAGAUAUGUGAUACUCAACACUUAUCUCUCUCCUGAUCUCAAUCUGUUCUCAUUUCUUUUUGGUAAAUGAUACUAUGCUUUUUCCAACCAAGCCAGAAACCUGGGUAUCAUUGUAAACUCAUUUCCUUCAUCACCGCCCCCCACCUUCAAUUAACAAGUCCUAUUUACUUACCUCUUAAAUAUAUCUUUAUCAAUCCACAGUCCUGCCAAUUAUAUUUCUUGCGUACAUCUAGAACUCAUCUACUUCUCUCCAUCUCAACUGCUACAGUAGCUUAGAGCCGUAUUCUCUCUCCUCUGAAUUGUCAGAGACCCUUGCAAAAAAAUGACCUUAUUUCUUACCCUUCCCUAAACCGUCUUCCAGAGUAAAAUGAAAAUCCCAUCAGGUCAUUUAUUUAAGACCCUUCAAAGAUUAUCUGGUAAAGUUCAGGCUUUUUAUCAUGACUCACAAACCUGAUUCCUUCCUUGCUUUUUGUUCCUGAGUAACAAAUUGUUUAUCCUCCCCUGCUUUCCUCCCAUUACAUUCUUCCACUUUUGCUCAAGAUAUUCUGUGCCCUUAACAACCCCUAGCCCCCCUUUGCUUGGUUGAUUUCCAGGAUUCUUUCCAGACUCAGCUCAGAAGCCAUUAGAUUCUCUUGUGAACCUUUGGCUCCCUGCUAGUUGAUUUUGGUAUAACACAAAAAACUAGAUUUUUGAAACCAAACCUGUUUGAUUUUGUUUCUCAUAUGGACUAGGGAAGAGCCUUAGGCCAGUAAGUUGAUCUCCCUGAGCCUUUUCCUCAUUUGUUAAGUGGGAAUGUCGAUACCUGCCUCUCAUAAUAAUCAGUGAUAUGGAAUGAAUGGAACAAUGGUGAUGAGUGAGUGCCUGACACACAGAAGUAGGCAGCAGGUGUCAGUUCGCUUUGUCCCUUGCACUGCACACCGUGUCUACCUCUAGUAUUGUAACUCCCACAUAGUACUGAAAUUGCCAGUUGACCUGUUUGCUUCCUUUCCAAGACAGUUGGUGCCUAGAGGACUAGAGUCUUGUUUUACUUAACUUUGUAUUCCAAGGUCCUAGCUCAGGAUUGGCAAAUAGGAAUUAAAUAAAUGUUUGCUACAUUGAAAA